CGUGGACACUUGCCUAUCGAGUAGUAAAACAAAUUUUGCAGUGCAAGUGUGUCCAGUGUAUGAUAGAUGUGUCAGAGUAUUGGCAAUUGUUGUAAACGAAUUCGCCGUGCGUUGACAACUGGAGUGUAGCAAAGUGCUAGCAGGUUUCCAACAAAAAGCUUUCACCUCUUUUUGCACGCCAUCACUCACACACACACACACACAAUACACAAUACAGAACAAACACUCACUGCACAAAUAGAACAAUAUCUGCAACUUCAAUUGAAUUGGGAAACCCCCCAGCAAGAUGCAACAGAACUCGGCCAGCAAUCCGUUUUCGGUGGCUGCCUAUGGCGAACGACCCCAAAUGGGGCUGGACGUUGAGUUCGGAGCGGAUCCGGCCAGCGGUGCAGCAUUCUUCCAAAGCGAUGGCCGUAAACAUGACGAUCUUAAGCAGAUGCUCGACAGCAACAAGGAUGGCCUUAAGCUGGAGGCCAUGAAGCGCAUCAUUGGUAUGAUUGCACGUGGCCGAGAUGCCAGCGAUCUGUUCCCGGCUGUAGUCAAGAAUGUGGUAUCCAAGAACAUUGAGGUAAAGAAGCUGGUGUAUGUGUACUUGGUGCGCUAUGCCGAGGAGCAACAGGAUUUGGCGCUGCUCUCCAUAUCGACAUUUCAGCGUGCACUCAAAGAUCCCAAUCAGCUGAUACGUGCGUCCGCCUUGCGUGUGCUCUCUUCCAUACGGGUCAGCAUGAUUGUGCCCAUCGUAAUGCUGGCAAUCCGCGACAGCGCCGCAGAUCUCAGUCCCUAUGUACGCAAGACGGCGGCGCAUGCCAUACCCAAGCUCUAUUCGCUGGAUGCUGACCAAAAGGAUGAGCUGGUCACGGUGAUUGAGAAGCUGCUCUCAGAUCGCACCACCCUGGUUGUGGGCUCCGCAGUGAUGGCCUUCGAUGAGGUUUGUCCGGAACGCGUGGAUCUGAUACACAAAAACUACCGCAAGCUGUGCAAUCUGCUUGUGGAUGUGGAUGAAUGGGGUCAGGUGAUCAUCAUCAAUAUGCUGACUCGCUAUGCGCGCACACAGUUUGUGGAUCCCAAUGCGGACGAGGAGCACGGCCAGGGCGAGUCCCUGGAUGCCGAUGCGCCGGCCAAUGAGCGAUUCUAUGACGAAUCCUCAAGUUCCAGCAGCGACGAGGAGGCCAGCAGCGAUGACGAGGCACCAGGCCAAACCAAAGCCAAGUCCAGCAAGUCGAGCAGCAGCAACAACAACAACAACAACAACAACAACAACAAUGACAAGAAUAAGGCUAAGGAUAAGGAGAAAGACAACGACAACAACUGCAGCAACAGCAGCAGCAACAACAGCUACCACAUCGAUCUCGACCAUCGCCUGCUGUUGCGCCAGACCAAGCCGCUGCUGCAGUCACGCAACGCCUCCGUUGUGAUGGCCGUCGCCCAGCUGUAUCACCAUGUGGCGCCCCGCAACGAGGUGCAGCUGAUAGCCAAGGCACUCAUCCGUCUAUUGCGAUCCCACAAGGAGGUGCAGAGCGUGGUGCUCAAUUGCAUUGCAUCGAUGUCGGCGCGUCGCAAAGCGAUCUUCGAGCCCCAUCUGAAAUCGUUCUUUGUGCGCACCAGCGAUCCAACGCAUCUCAAACUACUCAAGCUGGACAUACUCACCAAUCUGGCGUCUGCCUCGAGCAUAUCGCUCAUCUUACGCGAGUUCCAAACCUACAUCUCCAGCAAUGAUCGGCCCUUCGUGGCGGCCACCAUUCAGGCCAUUGGACGCUGUGCGGCGAGCAUCAAGGCUGUCACCGAGACCUGCCUGAGCGGCCUCGUCCAUCUGCUCUCGAAUCACGAUGAGCACGUUGUCGCCGAGAGUGUGGUGGUCAUCAAGAAGCUGCUGCAGAGCAAGGCCGCCGAGCACUAUGAGAUUAUCACCCAGAUGGCCAAGCUGAUUGACUACAUCAAUGUGGCAGCUGCCCGGGCGGCCAUCAUCUGGCUAAUUGGCGAAUACAAUGAGAAGGUGCCGCUGAUAGCGCCCGAUGUGCUGCGCAAGAUGGCCAAAUCGUUUGUGGACGAGCAGGAUGUGGUCAAGCUUCAGGUGCUCAAUCUGGGCGUCAAACUGUAUCUGACCAAUCCGGAGCAGACCUCGCUGCUCUGCCAGUACGUAUUUACGCUGGCCCGCUACGACACCAACUACGAUGUGCGCGAUCGUGCGCGCUUCUUGCGCCAGUUCAUCUUCCCCGCCAGCGGCGGCAGCACCGUGCUCUCCCAGCAUGCACGGGAGAUAUUCCUGGCCGCGAAGCCGGCCCCAGUGCCGGAGAGCAAGUAUCGCGAUGGCAAUCCCUACCAGCUGGGCUCGCUCUCUCACUAUUUGAAUAUGCAGGCAACGGGCUACAAGGAGCUGCCUCCCUUCCCCGCUGUGGCGCCCGAUUCGAGUGUGCGCAACAUUGCUGGCUAUAUGCAGGAGAAGCUGCCCGGCGAGAGUCCGGCGCGCAGCAAAUCCUCGUCGCAGGGCGCUGCCAAGGGGGCGGGCGACAAGGGCUUCCUAUCCGAAUCAGAGAAGUCAUCCGCAUACACCGGCUCCAGUGGCAGCAGCAGCGGCAGCAGCGGCUCCUCUGGCAGCGACGGCUCCUCCGGCAGCGACAGCGAGCCGGAGCCGGAGCAGGGGGCGACGCAGCCGUCGAAGGCCGAUCGGAUCCAAGCACAAGGCAAGGCGACUAAGGCGGCCGUUGCUAGUGCCCAGCUGAUCGAUGACAUCAACAAUAGCAGCAGCAGCAGCAACCCGAUCGAUCCGCUGGCUGUGGCUGCCGGUGCCGCCGUCGCUGCUUCCUCAACGGGCAACAACAACAACAACAAUGCUGUCGCCAACUCAGGCACCUCCGACAGCGGCGAAUCGUCGUUCUACAGCGGCAGCAGCAGCGACGAAUCCGACAGCGACUCGGCCAGCGACAACGAGCAGCAGCAGCAGCAGCAGCAGCAAUCGCAAGCGCAGUCAAAGAAUGCUUCAUCCGCCGAUCAGAAGCAGGCGAAACCACAGCUGGAGCCACAGUCGCAGUCGUCAGCUAAAACCAAUUUGGAUCUGCUGCUCGAUCUGGAUGAUAUACCGCCCAUUGGGCCAGUGAUGACGCCCUCGUUAGGGGGCUUUCUUACACCAGGCACUCCCAUGCUGCCCGGCCAGGCCGCACUGCAGCCGGUGCAGGCGAGCAAUCGCAUCGAGCUGGUUGGACCCUCGCACACAGAGUUCAAGCACAAGGAGCUGCUGAACAAGGUGAGCGGCCAUGGGCUGCAGCUGUCGUAUCGUUUCACGCGUGCGCCGCAUCUAUAUUCGGCGGCCAUGUGCUCCAUUGAGCUGCAGUUCCAGAAUCGCAGCGACCAGGUGCUGACCAACAUACGGAUGGGCCAGCAACAGCUGCCGCCGGGCAUGCAGCUGAGCGAGUUUGCCCCGAUCGCCCAGCUGCAGCCGGAGCAGCUGGCCAGCGGCAUUCUGGGCGUCGAUUUCAAUGACACAACGCAUGCCAUUGACUUCGAGCUCAUCUCCAGCGGCGGCUGUGCACGGGUGCAGCUGAAGCCGCCAGUUGGCGAGCUGGUGCGCUCUGUGCAGAUCAGCGAGAGCUUUCACAAGGAGGAGCGCGCCAAGCUGCGCGGCAUGAACGAGCACCAGUGCGAGCUGCGCGGCGUGCAGCGGGACCUCACCGAUCUGCUGGCGCUCAAGCAAAAGGUCUACGAAUGCAUCAAUGUGGCCCACACGUACAGCUCGGCCAGCAAUCAGCUCCAUUGCUUUGCCGGCCAAACGCUGAGCUCCAAGAGUCUCGUGCUGCUCACCCUGCAAUGGCAAACGGACGAGGCGCUCACGCUGCUGGUCAACUGCGAGAAGAUGGUGAUCGGAUCGAUGGUGCUCAACGAGCUGCGCAACGCGCUGCAGCAGAGUUUUGUCAUGUGAAUUGCGAUGGAUGCGUAUGUGUAUAUGUAUGUCUAUAUACUAUAGAUGAUCAGCAGUCACAUUUAGCCAGGGCAACACGAGAUGGUUUCUUAUAGAAGCAGUCGCCGCACUAUGUAAAGCUAAGCAGAACAAAAACAAUACAACCAACUAAACCUAUAUAUGUACAUGUAUAUAUGUAUAUAUGGGGAUAUAUGUCCAUAUAUAUGUAUAUACAUAUAUCUCUGUACUAGCCUAGAUUAAGCCAGACGCGAUUCCAUGCAGCUUAAAUGAAUGUAAGAGCUAAGCAACAAUUUAUAUAGUCUCAUCUGUGUCUCUGUGUGUGUGGGUGUGUAUGUAUGUCUA